CUUGGAAAGUGGUGAAAGCGUGUUGGUGGUGUUAGCCGGGACGAUGAUGAGUGAGGAACGGAUUGAGAGUUUGCAGGGUGACGAAUCAGCUUUGGUGUCGAGAGAUGCAACACAGCGUCAUGAAUCAGCAACAGCUUCGUUUGCUUCCUCUGUGUUUAACAUAAUGCAUGCCAUCAUGGGAAGUGGCAUCCUAGGCCUGGCAUAUGCAAUGGCAAACACAGGAAUUAUUGGUUUCAGUCUCUUAUUGCUCUUUGUUGCUGUUGUGGCUACAUAUUCAGUUCAUCUGCUGCUCGUGUUGUGUGAACAAACUGGACUGACUUCCUAUGAAGACCUUGGGUUUUAUGUCUUUAAGACCACUGGGAAGGUUAUGGUUGCAGCUGCAAUACUUAUACAAAACAUUGGAGCUAUGUCAUCUUAUCUGCUCAUAAUAAAGUCUGAACUGCCUGCUGCAAUUGCUGGUUUCCUACACAACAGCUAUGAUGGGACUCCAUGGUAUCUUAAUGGACGGAUUCUCCUUCUUGUUACGGUUAUCUUCGUUGUUCUACCUCUUGCUCUUCUUCCGAAAAUAGAGUUUCUCGGUUACACAAGUGGUUUGUCCAUCUUGUUCAUGUUCUACUUUGCCAUUGUGGUUGUGUUUAAAAAAUGGUUCAUUCCUUGUCCACUGUUUAAUGGCACUAUAAAUUAUCUUCAGAACUUUAGUUCCAAUGAAUGUAAACCAAGGCUUCUACAAAUUUCAACCAAGACUGCAUAUGCAAUUCCAACAAUGGCAUUUUCAUUUCUUUGCCACACUUCUGUGUUGCCAAUAUAUAGUGAACUUGAAAGGCCUUCAAAAGGCAGGAUGCAAAAAGCAGUUAACAUUGGAAUGACUCUCAGUUUUUCGAUCUACGUGCUUUCUGCCUUGUUUGGCUACCUGACAUUUUAUGCCAAUGUGAACUCUCAGUUGCUGCACAGUUAUAGCCAGUUUCUGCCACGGGACACCAUCAUCAUGUCCGUUAGAAUAUGCAUACUCUUCUCUGUGCUUCUGAUGGUGCCUCUAAUCCACUUCUCAACAAGGAAAUGUUUUAUGCUGCUAUUUUUUUCAAGCCGCCCCUUCUCAUGGUUGUGCCAUAUCGUUGUCACACUUGUUGUUCACGCAGUGAUUGUGCUAUUGGCCAUCUAUGUGCCAAAUAUUCAGAAUAUCUUUGGUGUAGUUGGUUCCACAACUUCAGCAGCUUUACUAUUUAUCUACCCUGGACUCUUUUACUUGCAAAUAAGCAGCGAAUCAUUAAAAUCCUUAAGGAAACUUAAGGCUCUGGGAUUGAUUAUUCUAGGCAUUCUCAUUGGGGCAGUUAGUUUGCCUGUGAUCAUCAAAACCUGGCUGCACAGUGAAAAUUGAGCCUAAUCAAUGUAAUUUUCACAAGUGAAAUAACAACUCAGGAAAUCAUCAGUCGACAGGGAAAUCACCAUUUAUAGCCAUGUAUGUUCUCCUGAUUUUACUGGCAACAUGGUGACAAGUGAAGUCACCUUUAGACAUGCGAUCAGGUCUUGCGAAUCUCUUGAUGGGCAUGUGAAUAAAACUUGUGUUUGAGCAUCCAGAGAUAUUUGUGCAGGAUUGAAAUUUAGGAAUUCUAUGCUUUGCUGAUGUUCAAUAACUGAUCUCAAUUGGGAAAGAAAUCAACUAAUUUAAAGCUCUGUUACUAUGGAGAAAUUUCAACCAAAAGGCAAAUCUGAUAUUACAAAUUGGGCGGGCGGGGAGGAAGCUCUGUUUCAAUAUUUUGUGAUUUUAAUCAAUUGCAGUAAAAAUAUUAAUAUGUAUGCUCAGUUUAUUUCUAGAUUUUUCCAGCAUUCCAAAGUGGCCAGUUUGAAUUAAAAUAGUUAAAAAAACAAUCUUUACCUAUUGUGUGAUAACGAAAUGUGAGGC